AUGGCCAAGGACAAGUUUCGGAGAAUGAAUGAAGGCCAAGUCUACUCCUUCAGCCAGCAACCCCAGGACCAAGUGGUGGUGUCAGGACAGCCAGUGACGCUGCUGUGUGCCAUCCCGGAAUAUGAUGGCUUCGUCCUGUGGAUCAAAGAUGGCUUGGCUCUGGGUGUAGGAAGAGACCUCUCAAGCUACCCCCAGUACCUGGUGGUGGGGAACCACCUGUCAGGAGAGCAUCACUUGAAGAUCCUGAGGGCAGAGCUGCAAGACGAUGCUGUAUAUGAGUGCCAGGCCAUCCAGGCUGCCAUCCGGUCACGACCUGCACGCCUCACAGUCCUGGUGCCACCAGAUGACCCCAUCAUCCUGGGGGGGCCUGUGAUCAGCCUUCGGGCAGGGGACCCUCUCAACCUUACCUGCCACGCGGAUAAUGCCAAGCCUGCAGCUUCCAUCAUCUGGCUACGUAAAGGAGAGGUCAUCAAUGGGGCCACCUACUCCAAGACUCUGCUUCGAGAUGGCAAACGCGAGAGCAUUGUCAGCACCCUCUUCAUCUCCCCGGGAGACGUGGAAAACGGGCAGAGUAUUGUAUGCCGAGCCACCAACAAAGCCAUCCCUGGAGGAAAGGAGACCUCAGUCACCAUAGACAUCCAGCAUCCCCCACUUGUCAACUUGUCGGUAGAACCACAGCCGGUACUGGAGGACAACAUUGUCACGUUCCACUGCUCUGCAAAGGCCAACCCAGCUGUCACCCAGUACAGGUGGGCCAAACGGGGUCACAUCAUCAAGGAGGCAUCUGGGGAGCUUUAUAGGACCACCGUGGACUACACAUACUUCUCAGAGCCUGUGUCCUGUGAAGUGACCAAUGCCUUGGGCAGCACCAACCUCAGCCGCACAGUGGACGUCUACUUUGGUCCCCGAAUGACCUCAGAGCCUCAGUCUCUUCUGGUAGAUCUGGGCUCAGAUGCGGUCUUCAGCUGUUCAUGGAUCGGUAACCCAUCGCUGACCAUCGUGUGGAUGAAAAGGGGCUCUGGUGUGGUCCUGAGCAAUGAGAAGACCCUGACCCUCAAAUCUGUCCGCCAGGAGGAUGCUGGGAAGUACGUGUGCCGGGCUGUGGUGCCCCGGGUAGGAGCUGGGGAGAGAGAGGUGACCUUGACUGUCAAUGGACCCCCUAUCAUCUCCAGCACACAGACCCAGCAUGCCCUGCACGGUGAGAAGGGCCAGAUCAAGUGUUUCAUCCGGAGCACACCACCACCUGACCGAAUCGCCUGGUCCUGGAAGGAGAAUGUGCUGGAAUCAGGGACAUCAGGGCGCUACACAGUGGAGACAGUGAGCACCGAGGAGGGCGUUAUCUCCACGCUGACCAUUAGCAACAUUGUGCGUGCUGACUUCCAGACCAUCUACAACUGUACAGCCUGGAACAGCUUCGGCUCUGACACAGAGAUCAUCCGACUCAAGGAACAAGAGUCUGUGCCAAUGGCCGUCAUCAUCGGGGUGGCCGUAGGAGCUGGUGUGGCCUUCCUUGUCCUAAUGGCAACCAUUGUGGCCUUCUGCUGUGCCCGUUCCCAGAGAAAUCUCAAAGGUGUUGUAUCAGCCAAAAAUGAUAUCCGAGUGGAGAUUGUGCACAAGGAGCCGGCUUCUGGUCGGGAGGCUGAAGAUCACACCACCAUCAAGCAGCUGAUGGUAAGAAUGAUGUCCGUACCCCACUCCAUCCUGAGAACAGAGACUCUUUGA